CCUAAUCAGCUCCCCUCGGCCUCGCAAUUCUCGCAGCAGUCGAUCGCGAACCUUAAGGAAAACCCUCACCAGACGCCGCCUCGCCGUUCUCGCUUCGCUGCCGACUCGCGCCAUACGUCGGUUUCUGUGCCUUGCCAGUCACCAGUUCUUACCGCCUUCGGCCUGCUGUCUGCUCUGUCGAAACUAAGGCUAAACCCUAAGAUUUUCCUAUUCGAGUUGUAACCAUCAGGCCGCGGCCUCGCCUUCUUCUUCCACCAUCUCCUCCGGCGUCUGAUUCUCCUGACUGCAGUCCGAGUGUAAGCACCUUUGAAGCUUCAAGAUGCACAACGGGAUAGGAUUGCAGACGCCAAGGGGGUCGGGAACUAAUGGUUACAGCCAGACCAACAAGUUCUUUGUGAGGCCAAGGACCGACAAUGUUGCUCAUGCUUCCAGGGGAUGCGAUGAAGACCAAGGUACUGCAGGGAUAUCCAAAAAGCCCAACAAGGACAUCCUUGAGCAUGACCGCAAGCGAGGAAUUCAUGUCAAGCUUGUGGUGCUCAAAGACAAGUUGAUUGAGCAAGGUUAUGCUGAUGCUGAGAUUGCUGAGAAGAUGGAGGAAGCAAGGAAGAUGUUGGAAGCAGCCUCGGCCUCUGAGUAAAGUGGUGGACCUACUUCUUUCACCUUAGGGGAUGAUGCUAAUUAGAAUUUCCAACACGCAAUCUCACCAAGUUGCUGGGAGGAAGGAGAGAAAGAUGG